AUGGAAUUCAUCAACCAGACCUACUUUGCGCUGCGUGGCCCCCAAGGUGCACCGCAGUCUGCACCCGAGACCAUAGCUCGUCUGGCCGACCGACUCUCACCCUCUACACUUCUCGCCGACCGCCGUGCAGCAGUUCUUUCGCUCAAGGGGCUUUCGCGCGACCAUAGGGCGGAUAUUGGCACUCACGCGCUCUCUGGCCUCAUAGACGUCCUUCUGAACGACGCCGAGAUUGAUGCGGACAUAGGUAGAGCGGUUCUCGAGACACUGAACACCCUCUGUGAAGCAGACGAUACCGCGAGCCCUCACGCACGCGAGCUAGGCUUCCGGCACACAGACCAAGUCCUAAAGGACGAGAAGGUCGCCCACAAGCUCUUUGCGCUCCUUGCGGACCAUUCAUUCUACCUUCGCGUGUCCAUCCUUCAAUUCCUGUCGACUCUGUUGCAGAACCGACAGGCCAUCUUCGUCGUGCAGUCGCUCAUCUCGCAGAGUCCCGAGAUCCAGAAGAUACUCGCGUUCGAGGGCGCAUUCGAGCGACUGUUCACGAUUGUGACAUCCGAGGGCGGCAUCGAGGGCGGUAUCGUCGUACAUGACGCGCUCGCUUGCAUCGACGGGCUGCUCAGGUAUAACCAGUCAAAUCAGAGCUAUUUGCGUAAUAGCCCGUUACCGCCUAUUCUGCUGUCGAUCCUCGGCUUUCCGCCAGCACUUCCCCAUGAUCAGUCGCCACCGCAGGGGUUCGCUCUGCAGUUAUGGGAUGUUCCGCAGAAACGGACGAAUACUGCUGUGGUGGUAGGCAUCGUCGGGCUACUUGCUAGAAGCGGUGGGGGCAAUAUGACUGAUCCUCUAACGUUCGCUUUCACGCGAUGUCUCAUCGAGUUGGGCCUCGCAUCGAACACGCCGACGUCAAUCAAAACACAGGUGCACAGUUUCAGUAACGCAGGGGUACUCGAGUGCUCACAUGAUGAUGACGCCAUAUGUGCCCGUACCGGAACCAAUGGUGAAGAGUGGGACCGAUUAGAGCCCGCGUCUGCCCUGGACAUCUUGGUCGAGCUCAUCUUGCAUGGAGAGUACAACGGCGUCCUUGACAGUGAGCGUAGGUCCAAAGAAGGGAUGGAGCUGAGGGCCGCGGCACUGGGCGUGUUCCAGAACUUUGUCCAGCGGGAGGAGAUUGCAGAAGCGAUCGUGCAGGCAAUGGCCUCACCGCCCGCCGAAUCCGCACCCGCUACACCCCUCCUGGACGCGCUCACCGCGGCACACACCGCGCCGCUCCGCACAAGCCCUCGCGCGGCCGAUCGUGCCCCGAGCGCUCUCCCCUCUGCGCGCGCAGGCGGCAGCUUCUUCGUGCCUGCAGACGGCAGCGCGCCCCCGCCCCCGCCAGAGGAAGAGCCCGAGCAGGAGGAGCCGCAGACGCUGUUGCAGAUCUUGAGCGAGCACUUGUCGUUGGCGUUCCUCGCGAGGGGGCGGGCGGACACGUCGGAUCGCGAGGCGAGGGAGUGGGAUCGGUUGCUCGUUGGGUAUCUGACGCUGCUGUCGCAGUGGCUGUGGGAGGACCCCCAGGCGACGAAGCAGUUCUUGGAAGCGGGCGCGUUGGGCAUCCUCGUCGAGCCUAUCAACCAGAUGUCCGAGACGGACACGCUCGUACCGGCCCUGUGCGUAUUCCUGCUUGGCACCUGCUACGAGUUCAACAGGGAGCCUGGCGAGAUCACUCGGUCGACGAUCCACCCGAUCCUGACACGUCUAGGCGUCGACAUGCUCGUCGGGCGCGUCAUCCGCCUGCGGGAUGACGACCGCUUCAAGGCCAUCGGGCCCGACACCCUCGUGCUCUCGCCGCCCAGCGCGCCGUCACAUCUCCCGGCGGGGCCAGCAGCCAAGCCCGAGGGAGAGGAGGGAGAGAUGUGGUUCGACUGGGCGUUCGCUGACUUCUGGAAGUCGAACUAUUAUACGGUGCAGAAGGGGCUGCAUGCCGACCCGAACUCGCUGUCGUCUUCACCCGGUAAGUCGCUCGCUACUGCGCACCGGCUGUCCACUGAGUGCAGAAUAGGGAUGGGCGAGACGGCCAUGCUCGUCGCCUCCCUGAAAGACGUCAUCCGCAACCAGGCGAAGGAGAUCGACACCCUCCGGGGUCAGAUACAAGGCUCACCGCCGCCGCCCAGAAGCCCGACGACCGACGCCCUGCGUGAAGAAGCCACACGGCUCACGGAGGAGCUCCGCGCAUCGGACGAGAAGCGGGGUGAGGUGGAGAAGGAGCAAGAGGACUUGCUCGUGCUCCUCGACGAGCUGAACAGCAAGCGGAGGAGGGACAAGCAACGGAUGCGGGAGGCGGGCAUGGAUGUUUCAGAGGACGAGGCAGAUGAUGACGACGACGAAGAGUAA